AUUUGCCUUGUUCUACAUAUUAAAGUGAACAAUCGUGGCGUAUUCUGCCGUUACGUAUUCUUAUGUAUACAUGAAUGUAAAUGUAUUCACCUACUUGUAAACAAUAAAAUAUAAUUGGGCGAAUAACUAUUUUUUGAGAUAAGUCAUUUAUGAGCCAGUUAGCAGGAGGGAUCAUGCGUUUAGUACUACUUCAAUUGAAGGGUGUUAAGGACAAAACGUCGAAUGUUCUUAAUGCUGUUUCCAAAAUAAAUCAAGUGGCUCAAAAAUACAAACCACGUUUGGUGGCACUGCCAGAAUGUUUCAACUGUCCAUAUGGUACCAAAUACUUUAGGCAGUAUUCUGAACCGAUACCCGACGGCUUCACAUCGCAAGAGUUGUCCGCAGCAGCAAAAAAUCAUGGUAUAUACAUAGUUGGUGGAACAAUACCUGAAUUGGAUGAAAAUGGUUCUAUUUACAACACAUGUACGAUAUGGGCCCCAAAUGGAAAUUUGAUUACAAAAUAUCGUAAAAUGCAUCUAUUCGAUAUCGACGUUAAAGGAGGAAUCCGCUUUAGGGAAUCGGAAACUUUGGCAGCUGGUAGCGAUUUUACGGUAAUAGAUAUAGAAGGUCAUAAAAUUGGUAUUGGAAUCUGUUACGAUAUGCGAUUUGAAGAGUUAGCUCGCGUGUACAGAAAUGAAGGUUGCGAGAUGUUGAUAUAUCCUGGAGCAUUUAAUAUGACCACUGGUCCUUUGCACUGGGAGCUCUUACAACGCUCUCGUGCAAACGACAAUCAGUUGUAUGUUGUAACUAUAUCACCAGCUCGUGAUGAGGAAGCCGAAUACAUAGCUUGGGGCCAUUCGAUGGUGGUUGAUCCAUGGGGACAAAUUUUAAAGAGUGCCAGUCAUGGUGAAGAUAUAGUUGUUGCUGAUAUAGACUUUGAACUCGUGAAAGAAGUACGCACUCAAAUCCCGACCUUUAAACAGCGGCGUUUGGACAUGUACACAACAAAAAGACAAUAGUCAAUGGAAUUUAUCAGAGAUGUACACGUACAUAUAUGCAUUUAUAGUUAAAUACUUUGUUGAUUAUAAUGUUCUAAAAAAAUGCAAAUUUGUGUUAUCCCAAAAAAAAAAAAAACAAAAAAAUAAAUACAUUGUACUGGUAGGAGAAACUCAUAUUGUGAAAACG